AAGGAGUGGCAGAGACAGUCUGAUUUAAAAGGGAGGUAGUUCUCCGGAUGGAGGAAGACUAAACUAACAACAGCAGUGCAAACGUCUGCUCCAAGGACUUGAAGUUAGGAUUUUUUUGGGGGGUUUUCUGUUCUAGUACUGAUUGUAUAUAAUGCUGACUGCAUGAGGCUUCUAUAAACCCCCCAAAGAGGCUUGACAUUGAGUAUUUUUAAGACAGCUGGACCUCUGGAAUCCGUCUCUUUGCUGCUUGUCGUCAUCAUCAUCCAGACAUGGGGUUGUGGAUUAUUUUCCCCAUCUGUCUUUCCCUGGUGUCCUUCAUUGGAACGUGGAGUGUAUACGGGCUAGCCUUCUCCAACAAUCAUGUGUGCGCCCUCACUGACUGGGGUAACGGCAACUACUGCAGGGCUAAUCAUACUGAUGCUGGAUGCUGCUGGGUUCCUACAAUAAGCUCAAGUGGAACAUAUCCGCCAGAAAAUUCACUUUUUACAGCCACAAUCAACGCCGGAUCCUUCAUGUUUUUCCUGUUCUGCAUAUUCCACCAUGCCCAUAUAAUGGAGAGGCACUCAAGUCAGUCCAUGCUGAGUAAAUUUGCACUGGUCUUUGGUGUGAUUGCAGCCAUGGGGGCAUUCGCAGCCGGAAACUGCAACCCGUUUCACGUGUCACUCCUCCACUACCUCGGGGCUGCCAUCAGUUUCAUGUGCGCGUGCUUCUACACGGCCAUUCUCACCGUGCUGACAGGGAAGUGCGCCCUAUCUGGAUAUGAAAAGGUUCUCUACCCACUGCGAAUCAUCUCCACUGUGAUUCAAGUAAUUGUGACCGUCAUCUAUACUGUCUUGUUCGCUCAGAGCGAGUACUUCUACAUCCAUCUGUCUGCUGUCUUUGAGUGGAUGCUGAGUAUGAACCUGGAGCUGUUUGAGCUCAGCUACGCCGUGGAAUUUUUCUUCUUCUCGUCCUAUAUGCUCUCGAAUCUGUUGAACAAACAAGAUGAGGUAAAGCCUUUGAUUAUGACGAUGUCGUGAUAUAAGGCUGCCAGGAUCCAGCUGAACAAUGCAGAAAGUGAGGAUGCUGCAAGAAGGACAUCUGUUACUACAGUGGCUGGAUCGUGGCUGAAGGACCAAUAGUGUUUUGUUUUUUCCUUUUCUUGGAUGGAUUGGAUUGGAUGGUCUUCUUUACUAAUUUUUUUCCAUAUUUAUUGAACCAAACGAACAAUCAUACCAGCUGGAUUGUAUCUCACGCAGAUGCCCCAUCUACAGAACAGCUUAUUUUUGUUGUGCAAUCAUUUUUGUAAUGAAAAAUUUGUAAAAAAACAAAAACAAAAACAAAAAAAAACAAAAUAAAAGAACCCCCUCACAGAUCAAGUUUUGUGUUAGGUAACAGCUCUUCCAUAACCCUUUGGGAUGUAUUACUUUCACACAAGGAAGUCAUGCCACCGUGCUGAUAAACAUAUCUGCGUUUGGAGCUAAAAGGGUGGAGGACUUUUAUUUACACCCUUUUAAACAAUAAAAGUCUCCAUGACGCUAUAAGAUCCUGUUUGACUGGAUGAUUAACUUGAACGACAGUAAAAAAUAAUAAGCGUCAUCAGCCGCAGCUGGUCUAGCGAUAGACCAAUGGACAUUACAAGCAAUCUUGGCUACAUACACUUAAGGUGAUGUUGUCAGUACCCUUUCCAUUCCAGAGAUUUUCACUGUGGUCUGUUCGAUGUAUUUCAGUGUCUGUGUGCUUUAGAGGAAAAGCCGGAGUAGUGAUUUAUAAAUUGUAAAGUUAAAAAGGAAAGAAUAGUUUCAUGCCUCUAUGUGUCCCACGUUAAUACAGUAUUUUGAACCAGUUUGUUUGCUUCACAUUUAUUGUUUUAUUCUACUCUUGAUCAGUUGCCAGCACAUAGUUGGAAAAUGUUGACCCAGACACUGAUGAGCAUCGAAACAUUUACAGGUGUAUAGUUGAAUCGUCACUUUUCAAAGUUUAUAAAGUAGCUAAAAGGUAUUUUGAAAAUUUUCUGACCAGACAUGUUAACAAUGCUGAGAGGUAUUCUGACAUUUUUCUAUUCAGAUUAAAAAUAAAAAACUUAAAAAUGUGCAUUUUUCUAAACUUUCAUUAGAAUGUAAAAGUUAAAUAUACUUCCAUCUCUUUUGAAAAGCUGAAAUGUGUUUUUAUGGCUUCAUGCACUUUUUCCCCCCCGUCUUCCAGAUUCUGUCAUUUUAGCUGCUCUUCAGUUUGGGUGUAUCUGUAGAUUCUGCUCGCAAAAAAGAAAGCCAACAACUUGAAUCCAGCUGUGACGAAAACACAGCAUCACUUCAUACAUUUCUCCUCUGUGUGGAACUGAAAAAUAACUUCCUCAGAAUAUACUGCUGCUACAUUUUUUUUGUGGUAGUUUCCAUCAUUUUCAACAAAUCUGCAAAGCUUGUGAGUUUUUGGUCACUUUUAACUUUUCCUCAUGAGUAUGACAUUAGCCCGAGCUGCUUCUCACUAUAGCACUUACUAAAAAGUCAGAUUUUUGUUCCCAGGAGUUGGUAAAUACCACAAAUGGUAGUCAAAACGGAAUUUUAAAAAUCAGCUUAGUGUUUAAGAAAGCAAGUUUGCCAACUUUAAAAACCUCAAAACAAAACAACACGCUUCUGGUUUUAAUGCAAAGCACUUAAACUUUACUUGAAAGAAGGUAAUAUACAUCCUGGAAUUACAGAUAAUAAAGAUACAUUAUGAGCAAAAUCAUUUCACAAUGAAUAUCAUCUUUCUUUUGCAACAACCAAGAGAGGAGUGCGACAUUAUCUACAGUUUUUGUUAGGAAGAAAACAGUGAAAAGCACACCUAAUUCUGUCGGCAUCUUUACUGUAUGGUACACUGUAAAAAAUGUCAUCUAUAUGCAGUAGUCCACAUUAUUAACCUUAAUAACAAAAAAGAAAAAAAAAAAAGAACAAUUUGAAAAAACACGAGCUUCAUGGUUGUCUUUCAACUAAGUAACUGCAAUGCAUACA